AAAACCGGAAUGCCGAUGGAAGAGCGCACCAGGUUCCGUCUUUCGUAAUUAACGGCGCGCACCGCGUAACCACCGUAACGCCGUUAAAAAGUAAAAAAAUAUCAAAACACAAAAAAACCAACCGGCCGCCAGGCACUCACUCUCUAUCUUGUCUUAUUGACUCCUCCAUCUAUCUUCUCCGACGCGUUUUAGGGUUUGUUUUCCUUGUUCGGUUUUGUAUCUGAAUUUUCAGAAUUUUCCCAAUUCGUUUCGGUUUUGGAAUUCUUAUCUCUUUAGGAAAGUUCUCUUCUUUUCGAUUUCCUUCCGUUAUUAGGGUUUCGGCUAUGUCUUUACUGUAAAAACCCUUCCUCUUGCCCUCUUUUCGUAGAUUCUAGGGUUUGGGUUCAAGAUCCUGCGAUCUUUCCAGUGGAAUUCUAGGGUUUUCUGAUUUUGUGCGAAAGGAAUUUUUUUUUUUUUUUUUUUUUUUUUUCAAUUUCGUGUUGGGGAUGCUGAGAUGGUGAAUUCCGAGGGAUUGAGUGUUCCGCUAUCGCCUCCUCAGGUGGCGGCGAGGCAGUACGGAGUGACAAAGCCAAUAUCGACUGCCGGGCCGACGGAAGUCGAUAUUCAGAGGACAUUAGAGUUGGAGAAGUUUUUGGUUGAAGCUGGGCUUUAUGAAACCGAAGAAGGAGUUGCCAAGAGAGAGGAGGUUCUUCGGCGUAUCGAGCAGAUUGUCAAAGAUUGGGUGAAGCAACUUACUCGCUUGAGAGGAUACACAGAUCAAAUGGUUGAGGACGCUAAUGCUCGUAUUUUUACAUUUGGGUCCUAUAGGCUCAGGGUGCAUGGUCCUGGGGCUGACAUAGACACGUUAUGUGUUGGGCCAUCCUAUGUCAAUCGAGAGGAAGACUUCUUCUUUGUAUUGCACAACAUUCUUGCUGAGAUGGAAGAGGUGACCGAGCUGCAACCAGUUCCAGAUGCUCAUGUCCCUGUAAUGAAAUUUAAGUUUGACGGAAUAUCGAUCGACCUCCUUUAUGCUAGUAUUUCUCUCUUGGUUGUACCAGAAGACCUGGACAUUUCUGAUGUAUCUUUGUUGUACAAUAUCGAUGAGCCUACUGUUCGAAGUCUUAAUGGCUGCAGGGUCGCUGAUCAAAUUUUAAAGCUUGUUCCAAAUGUUGAGCAUUUUUGCACAACACUCAGAUGCUUGAAAUUUUGGGCGAAAAGACGCGGUGUUUAUUCCAAUGUUACUGGAUUUCUUGGCGGAGUAAACUGGGCUCUUCUUGUUGCCCGGGUUUGCCAACUUUAUCCCAAUGCAGUUCCCAGCAUGCUGGUUUCUCGAUUCUUUAGGGUAUAUACGCAGUGGCGGUGGCCAAAUCCUGUCAUGUUGUGUCCCAUUGAAGAGGAUGAACUUGGCUUUUCUGUUUGGGACCCUCGCAGAAAUCCUCGUGACCGGACUCAUCAUAUGCCAAUUAUAACUCCUGCGUACCCUUGUAUGAAUUCUAGCUAUAAUGUUUCACAAAGUACUCUGCGUGUUAUGGUCGAGCAGUUCCGUUAUGGAAACAAGACCUGUGAGGAAGUGGAAUUGAAUAGAGCUCAAUGGUGUGCAUUGUUUGAGCCGUACAUGUUCUUUGAAAGCUACAAAAACUAUCUCCAGGUUGACAUAAUUGCUGCUGAUGUUGAUGACUUGCGUGCUUGGAAAGGCUGGGUGGAAUCUCGACUGAGGCAACUAACUCUAAUGAUUGAACGGGAUACUUUAGGGAUGUUACAGUGCCAUCCUUGUCCACAUGAGUAUGUCGAUACGAAUAAAGAAUGUGCACAUUGUGCAUUUUUUAUGGGUUUGCAGAGGAAACAGGGUGAAAAGGUUCAGGGUCAGCAGUUUGAUAUACGAGGGACUGUUGAUGGGUUCAGGCAUUCCAUUAAUAUGUACAUGUUUUGGAAACCAGGGAUGGAAAUUCAUGUAUCUCAUGUUCAUAGAAGGCAACUUCCUCCUUAUGUGUAUCUUGAUGGUUGUAAACGACCUCGACAAUCCAGAGUUAUGGCCCAGCAGCAGGCUGAUGAUGGUGAAGUUUGUGGGAGUGGUUCUAGUGAGAGACACCUGAAGAGGAAGGAUCUUGAUGGGGUGGAGGUGAAUCAAGAUACUCCACCGCAGAAACGGCAAUCUACUAGCCCUCUGCCCCAUGGUUCAGUUUCUCCUGUAAUUAUCAAUUACAAGGCAAGCAGUGCAUCUCCAGAGCCUUCGGAUAAAGGUUUUAGCAUGGAAGUAGUAGAGUCAAAUAAAAGAACACUGUCUGGUGAAAUGGAGCCUGGAUAUGCCUCCAAUUCCAGUACUAUUACAAAUGUUUCAAGCAAGGGCAGUUGUGAUGAUGCUGGAUUUGGACAGGUGGCUGGUAGCUGUGAGGGGAACACUAGGAGCGUUGAGGGAAGCAGUGUUGGGAGUAACAACCCAGGAUAUUUGCUGGGUGAUGUGUGUGAGGCAGACUCCGAAGCUCUUUCAGAUAGUGGAUGCGUAAAUGGAAACCUACGGUUGAGCCUAACAUCGAUGGCCUGAGCAUGUUGGAUCUUUGUGGAUUUUUCUGAAAUUAAGGGGCUUCAAUUAAUGAGAGAGGACGGAAGCCAGCAGCUCGGGUAAGUGUUCUUUUUAUUGCUGGCUUUCAUUUCGUUCUUUUCCAGGCCUGCUCGUCUAUACAACCUUGCGGACAAAGCCAAGAGAUUCGAACGGGAAGUUUGUCUUUUUGUACAAUUUACUUCUUUAGCAUUUGUGAAUUAUGCUUAUCUGCUCAACUUUUGAGCUUUGGAAGAGUCUUAAGAGAAUUUAUUCAGGUGCUCGCUGAACUUAUGCAGAUAGGCAUUAGUUUUUAACUUUUAGUCGUCUGGGCGGGUGUGGCCAAGGGUUUUUACACUUCGUAGGUACUCUGGAUCUAGGAAAAAAAAAACCAAAAAAAUUGAAAAAGGAAAAAAAGUUCGCAGUGUGUUCUUUUCGCAACCGUGGUGGGGAUUGCUUUGGCUAUGUAAGGUGUUCAAUGUGCAAUGGUCGUUGAGGUUUGUCUGAUCUUCAAUAUUUGUACAUUCGAUACUAUGUAAUGAAUAUUGAAAAUGUCUCCGUCUCCA